CACGGAAGUAGUUUGAAGUGUGUAGCAAAAGAAAACGCAAGAAGGACCAACUGAGAGCCUGCUCUGUAAAGUGCUGGUCCUCUGAACCUGGUGGGAUUGCCACGACAUGCCCCUGAGAAGAUGGGACAGGCUCUCUGCAUAUGCUCUCGGGGGACCUUCACCAUCGACAGCAAGAAAUACUACUUCAUCCAGAAACUAGAUGAGGGUGGCUUCAGCUACGUGGACCUGGUGGAGGGGGCUCACGAUGGGCGCUUCUACGCGCUGAAGCGCAUCCUGUGCCACGACCGCGAGGGCCGGCAGGAGGCCCAGACCGAGGUGGAGAUGCACCGGCUCUUCGAGCACCCCAACGUCCUGCGCCUCACCGCCCACGCCUUCACGGAGCGCGGCGGCAAGACAGAGGCCUGGCUACUGCUGCCCUACAUCAACAAGGGGAGCCUGUGGUCGGUGCUGGAGAAGCUGCGAGACAAAGGCGGCUCCAUGGCCGAGAGCCGCAUCCUCCUCCUCUUGAAAGGGAUCUGCGAGGGCCUCAAGGCCAUCCACGACAAAGGCUACGCACACAGGUUGGCUCAUCACACUCACAAAGCUAUUGAUUUGCUCUGCUGCUGACCCCCUUCAGCCGCAGCCUUCACUCUUGAAUGCCAAGUGUUCUCUCUCUGAGCUUUUGGCGGAUUCUAUCUUAUUCGGUUCGA